GAAACCCCUUUUUAGCCAACGAAACCCCUUGUUCCAGGCUGCAACAUCAACCAGACGGACUCCGGUAGAAGGACAGCCCUACACUAUGCCGUGGAGGUCGGGGCCGUGGAGGUGGUGGCGGCGCUACUGGAGGCAGGGGCGGAGGCGGACGUGAGGGAGAAAGCGCGAGGGAGGACGCCCUUGCAUCUCGCUACCGUCACGAACUCCUUGGAAAUUCUCAAGCUUUUGCUCAAACCGUUGCUGGAGGACCCAUGGCAUGCUCGAAGUGUACUGAAGGUUGCAGAUAAGGAUGGUCUCACUCUACUCCACUUAGCAGCUCACGGAGGUCUCCACGAAGCCACCCAAAUCUUGCUCUCUGCCGGCGCUGAAGUUAACAUCACAGACCAGGCCGGAUACACACCCAUGCACGCAGCCAUAUUAAGCAGACAGAGGAAGGAAAAGAUUUGCUCGUCCCUGCUGGAGCUCCUCCUCGACGCCGGGGGCGACUUGCGGUGCGAGGGCGGGGCGGAGUACGCGACCUUACCCCACGCCGCCGCCAGUGUGGGUUGUACGCGCUGUCUGGGCGUCCUGAGUUCACGGGGCGCUGACCUGGAUUGCAAGGACUCCUCCGGAAGGACGCCUCUCCACUUCGCCGUCGAGUACGAGCACCCAGAAACGGUGUCCUUCCUGUUGGGGCGCAACGCGGACGUGGAGGCGGAGGACAAGCGCGCCAACCGUCCCCUCCACUACGCCAUCGGGACUGACUCGCCCCGCCUCGUGGCCUCGGUCUUGGAAGCCGACCCGCGGAGGGAUUCCCGAGACCGCGACGGACGCACGUACUUCCAGCACGCCGUCGAGAGGAGGAAGUACCGAGCGCUGGCCGUCCUUGCCAAACACGGCAUCACGGCAGUGCCAGAUGACCAGCCUGCCAUACAUUACUGUGCCAGCGCCGGGAGUCAGGCAGCCGUCGAGGUUUUGCUGGAGAACGACCACGACAUCAACGCCACGGACGACCAGGGAAGGACCCCAAUGCACCAAGCCAUCUGCGCAGGACACGAAAGCCUCGUCAACUUUCUCCUGUCAAGCGGCGGCAGCAUCCGGAGGGCUGACAAGAACGGUGCGACCCCCUUGCACUACGGCGUGAGGUGGGGCGGCUCCGAUGCCCUUCUGCGCCGCCUGGUCAAGGGGGGGAGUGUGACGGCGGUCGAUAGGCUGGGCCGAACUCCCCUGCACUAUGCGGCCAGCAAGAGCUCCGUCAUGUCCGACAUGUACAUCCUAAUCAACAACGGCGCGCCACUCAACACGCAAGACAACCGCGGCCUGACCCCCCUCCACCUGGCCUCCCGCCUCGGCAACGAAUCCCUGGUGAGGAUCCUGCUGGACAACAACGCCCGCCACGACAUCCCCGACGUCGACAACUUCCUGCCAAUCGACCACGCGAAGGAGAAAGGUCACAUUUGCAUCAUCAACCGCCUGGAGAGCUACGCGGCCAAGAAGGAACGCGAGAAGGACCCGCGUUUCGGGCUCUACACCAGGAGGAAGGACGAAGACGAGGUUCUCAUCCAGAGUCGCUACAAGACGAAUAUCCCUUGGUACGGCAGCGGCAAGAAGGGGUCGGAUAGUCCGGAGCUGUGAAGGGAGAGCCUCCGAUAAUCCGGCAUUAUGAGGAGGAGAGCCUCCGAUCGUCCGGAAUUGUGAUGAAGAGAAUUUCCGAUAGUCCGGAAGUAUGAUAAGGAGAACCUCCGAUAGUUCGGAACUGUGAUGAAGAGAACUUCCUGAUAGUCCGGAAUUAUGACGAGAGCCUCUGAUAAUCCGGAACUGUGAUGGAGAGAACCUAUAAUAAUCCAGCAUUUCCACAACGGAUUUCAGAAGUCGUUGGAUUUCAUUAGCGCUUCGUUGUAGUGUUUUGCAGAUGGGGGACAAUACGUAACGAAUAGAUAAUGCCUUGUGAAUAAAAAUGAUAAUGACCAAAUAGUAGCAUGUGAAAAAAAAAAUCUGGAAAGUAAACAGAAUUUCAUUAGCAUUCAGUUUUCUUAUUGAGUUGACUAUUAAUAUAACAUUUGGUCAACUGGAUCAAAGAAACUAUAUCUGUUCUAUUGUUUUUGAUAUGGUAUUUCGCAAUAAUAUUGAUAUUAUCGCUGCCUGGGUAUCUGUCUCUCUUUCUAGCUUUUGAUUAAGGUUACUUUUGCUUAUGGUCAACGAAAGCUCUUUUAUGUUAGAUUGUCUUUGUAUAGUUCUCUGUCUCUCUCUCUGUCUCUCUGCCUCUCUCUCUCUCUCUCUCUCUCUCUCUCUCUCUCUCUCUCUCUCUCUCUCUCUCUCUCUCUCUCUCUCUCUCUCUCUCUCUCUCUACGUAUACAUGUUUUUUUUUCAACUGACUUUGGUGUUGGUGCAUAAUGCAUUCUGCGUGGCUUAUCGAGAGUUGA